GGAGCAGCGGUGACUCAUAUGUGGUCACAGACUCUCCAUCGCUCUCAUUCAAAGGAGCUUGAGAUGUGAAAAUGAGGAAUCGAUACCUCCCCGGACCCUUAUCGCGAUAGAAGGCGUGGUUUACUGUCAGCGACACGGGGGCUUCGUUUUUCGCUCUGUUCGUUAGGCUUCGUUUUUUUACGGACACGGACUGGAGUAGUGGCGCCCCUCGGUCCUCCCUUCAAAGGAGACGGAGCAGCAACUGAGGCCACCACACUCAUCCGUUUUCUUUUUUGGAUUAUAAUUAAUUUUCCGAAAAGACUGAAUCCAGUAUGGGCACCAACCCAAAACGGACAGUGACGGUGCAGAUGGUUCCUCAGCUGGCCGCAGUCGACACGCUGGGCAAUAAGGAGUCCAACGCCAACUGGACCAAAGAAUCUGCCCUCACACCGCUCUGUCCCGACCCUAUCCUCACCUCCCCGGAUCACAAAUCGGAUACUCCUUCUAUGGAUGCUGCGAAUAUCAACACAUCAAUAAGUGCCACAAAAUCAGAUGGCACGGUUGGCACUGACAAACCCACAAAUGGAAGUGCAGGGGAGGCUGUUGUGAGGGAAAAACAACACCCGCCGGACCUGUCAUGUGAUGGGAAGGAUGCUAACGCUAACAUGACAAAGAUCAAGUCGUCACCGGUGGAUACACAAAUCAAUGACUGUACAGUAAAAGAUACAGAAGAAGUGAAAAAGGAAAUAAGUGCGGGGAAAAAUGUGUCUAGUCAAAAUGGUAACGCAGAUAUACGGAAUACAGAUACGGCAACGCGUGACGAAUUAAUCUCAUCUCUGCCCAAGCAAAAUCUGGAAUCUCCCCUCCCAACAAAAACCGAAACCACAGUUCCUCCCAAGACUUCCUCUGAAGAGUCCACCACAACUUCCUCACAAGUCACAUCCUCCUCGCAUACGUCUGCCGCACCGAACCAGUUAGCCAAUAACCCGAGCCUCCCAGCAGCUGUGAAGGAGGGCCCCGCGCCAAGUCCUGACCGCAAGAGCUACAGCGAAGCCUCCACCAUGACCUCUGAACCUCCGCCAACGCCCCCGGUACAGCGCCGCGACAGGGAGGUGCAAGCUGUGGCCCACACGUGCACGAGAGGCGUAUGCACCAGUCCCAGUUUGCUCCCUCACGUUCCACGUUCGAGUAUAGACGCAGAGGUGGGAGCGGGUUCACUUGUCCCGACAUCCGCGGCCACAGAUUCGGAUAAGCUAACGGUUGAGGCGGAGUUAUGUCCUCGGCAAAGCGGGAGUGACCUGGGAGCCAAACCCAAAGAUGGUUCGGCGACUCUAUGCAACACGCAGCCGGUCUAUCAAAUCAACAUUGAGCACAGCAAACAUAAAGAUGGGCAAGCUAGUAAUCAAAAAGCAAAUGCUGAUGCGCCCAGUUCUAAGUCUGAGGGGUCCCAAGAGAAAGGGAAGGUCAAUGCCCAGGCCAGAACUGCUGACACGACGAAGACUGAAGCAUCAACAAGCAAAGAGGCAAGCAAGGAGAUGAGCAAGGCGGUUAGCAAGGAGGACAGCAAAAAAAGUGAUGAGGAAGACACACAAAAAGACAAAGGAGUCCAAGAUGUAGUCUGGGACGAGCAAGGGAUGACAUGGGAGGUGUACGGCGCAUCAGUGGACCCAGAAUCGCUUGGUUUCGCGAUCCAGAUUCACCUACAGUCGAAAAUCAAAGAGCAAGAAAGGAAACUUAUAGCGCAAGCGUCAAUAAGGAAGUCUAUUUCGGACUCGCCACAGCGCAGGAAGAACAAGCGAAGGCAGGGCAAUUUUUUCAGGUCAAUGCUACAAAAUGUCAGACGACCCAACUGCUGCGCCCGCCCCACUCCCUCCUCCGUCUUGGACUAGCACCCUGGGGUGAUCAGCGGCAUCACACCAUGGAGGUCAAAACAGUUGUCCUUCUCUCAUGUGAUGACUCAAAAAUGCCAAGUGAAAAACAUUAAUGGGACAAAAUGGCCCCUGUACUGUAAGUAUCCUGGAAUGUUGUAGCAUAAAAAGAGUACUAUUAUUUGUGAUGUUUUUGAGCAGAGAAGACAAAAAAGUAGGAUAUAGAGAACAAAUUGAGACAUAUUUUAUAGAUAUACACAUAGUCUAUUAUGAAAAGAACUUUUGGAAUAACAAAAGGCAAUAAUAGUGAAACGCAUGUUAGUUACAAAGGCAGAGCUAAAGCAGAUGAGGGGGUAGAUUUUGUUGUGCAACUGCUAUGUUUUUCAUUCCAUUCAGUGCAUUGGAUACGUGUUGUUGAGCUGUCUCUGGGCUCUAUAUAAUAUUUAUAAAAUGGCUGUAUUGUUUUUUGGCACAUUUCUCCCAAGUCACUGAUUACAUCGUGCAGAAACGGGAUUGUAUACAUGCACUGUUUAACCUGGUCUCCCUUGGGUUUCUAUUAAAAAUACAAAGAGACGCUGUGUGUUUAAUUUACACUUCAAAUGAUAUUCGUAUGGGAGUGCAUGAUUAAGAAGAGCUACGUAAAUAACACACAAUACAAAUAAUAACGUACAAUACAGGUACUACUCACUACUAAGUAUUACUCACCAUGUAUUGUGUAGUGAAAUAUCAUAACUACUUUCAUUGUAAGACUUUACGUGACUCAUACUACACCUACUGCUAAUACUAACAUUUGCUACCACCAUUAGUACCACACCAUUUCUCCUGCUACUACUAUGGCUUUUUCUACUAGCCUACUGUGACUACUACUACUACUACUAAGUCAAUUAUUACUUCUACUACCCUACUACUACUUCUUCCUCUGGCGUCAAACUACUAUUACAGUUUCAAUGAUUAAACUGUACUCACUUUAAAGGACCAUUAAGUGUGUGAUCAACAGACUUCCUGAUUCUUAAUGGAUGAAUGAAUUGGUGUAAGAGCUCUCAGUUUGCACGAUACACUUGUCCUUUUAAUUGACAAGAGGCCUCUAGAGGAGAGAGGUAGGGCUGUGUCAUCAGGUCAGCUUAAUACUGUACACAUUGUGGUGCUUUACACAGACAAAUAACUGAUUUAUAUACUGGGCUAGUUCAGUUCUAAACAAUACGCAUCUCUGCAGCAUCAGUACAUUAAAACAGCCUGAAUGCAAUAAAAUACAAUUACCAAUGAAAGGUGCGGUGUGAGAAUUCAGAACUCCAUUUGAAAGGAGGGAUUUAAUUCACUUUCCUAUUUACCGGCUACGUAAAAUAGGUCCUGUUGGAUAAGCUCUGAACUUUAGAAAAUGGUCGGUCUAAUAAUGCAUUAUCCAAAAUGAGCUUAGUUACUAAAGCGUAGCCCACACAAUGUGCACUGUAUAAAAGGAAGCACUUUAGCAUUGUAGUGAAAAUCAAUAACGCAAUUCAGGACAUCAGCCUAUUGUAAUCUUUAGUGCACUGUCAAAUGUUUCAACGGGCAAUAUAUGAUGUAAAUCUGUGCAAUGCUGCUUAUCUGUUCACAUAUUCAGAUUGUAGGCUAUGUAUUUUGCUACACCCUAUGGUUUCAUAUUUAGCCUUAAUAUCCACAACUGCACAGUUUCCUUUAAUGAAAAUGCAUUAACUUGAACAUUGCAUUUGACACUGGAAUAAAAGGUGCUAAAAAUUGUGUUACCAUGGGAACAGCUAGUUUAACUAACCCUUGUCGAUGUCUCACUCAAGGCAAUUUUACAUUUAGGUUAAGGUCACAGAAUAGAGCUCGGAAAGGAAUGUCAAAAUCAGCCGUUACCAUGGAAAUCUGCCAUGUUUCUGUCAGUCGUGCAAAACUCUCGUAGAGGUAUAUUAGUCAAAACUAUGUUAGAAAGUAAAUAAAAGUACGGUGGAAUAAGAUGAAAAACUGCUGGGUCGUUACUGUAAAUACAUCUAUCGCUCUAUAGUGUCUGAAACUUUGAAUGAAUGCUAAGGCUAGUAUUUAGCAUCUUAAAAUCUCCAUUGGUUUAACAAUAGACUAACAUAAAUAUCCUGAAAAUGUGAUGUCACAAUCCUGAGCUCUACAGGCUUAUGGCUAUCAACAGUAUAUGAUAUUUGAAUUAUAUUAUAAGGCUAGUUUUUGUUAUACUGACUGCUUCCAUCAACGUCAAUGCAUUGUCUUGAGUGGUAAACUGCUGCUGUUUGGAGACUGCUGUGAUUGGCCUAACAAGCGUGUCUCGGGGUGCACACUAUCUACAAAAUGUCUGCCACUUGUAAACAAUGGCAUCUAAGCUUCAGCUUCAAAGGGGUAUUAUGCAAAAUAUGUUUUGAGCUUUCUACCACAUUAUAACAUUGUUCUCUUAU